AUGAUUUUCGGAAGCCUCUUCUGCCAGUUCGGAUUGCCACUGCUGGUAUUGAUAGUCCUGAGCGCCACCCAAACCAGUUCAUUUCCCCAAUUCCUUACCAGCGAUCCAUACGGCGGAGGCUUCAACGGCGGCGGUCUGGGCGGGGGUGGAUACCGCGGAGGAAUUGGUGGAGGUGGCCUUGGAGGCUUUGGGGGUGGCUUGGGUGGCCUGGGCGGGGGCGGUUUGGGCGGCUUGGGCGGGGCCGGCUUGGGCGGCUUGGGCGGGGCCGGCCUAGGUCUGGGCUUUGGUGGCGGUUUAGGAGGAGGCUUUGGCAACCGUGGAUAUGGAUAUUACUCGGAUGCUUCUUUCAAUCGUUUCCCGCUGAGGUCCAGCACACUCUACUGGAACUCCCUACUCUCACUGGCGGCGACAGGAAUACUCACGCUGCUUUGUUGA